CACAACGUAACUCUAAUUCUAAAUCCAUCAAACUGGCAACAAGUAACACUGACAUUUAUAAAUACUCUUUAAUUCCGCGUACUAUUCGGGACUGGAACUCGUUACCAGACAGUGUAGUGACUUGUACAAAAAGUGAUCAAUUCAAAAGUGCUCUUAUCAAAUCGUGCUAUUAACAGUUUAACAUCAAAGGGCACACACCACACCCUCGAUAAGUUUUGCUCAUAAGUGAGCUAGUUUCGAGUACCACACAGAUACAGAUACAGAAACAAUUCCACAUUAGCUCUCUGCCCGGGCCACGGAUUGAACUCGUUGCUUGAAUGUGAUGAUAAUGAUGAUGAAGAAGACAAAAAAGUAGAGGAAGAAGUUGAUGAUAAUGACAAAGAAGAAGAAGAAGAAGAAGAAGAAUAAGAUGAUGAUGAUGAUGAUGAUGAUGAUGAUGAUGAUGAUGAUGAUGAUGAUGAUGAUGAUGAUGAUGAUGAUGAUGAUGAUGAUGAUUUUUGGAUCUGCAAAAGAAUUAUUCCAUAAAACACGGAGUGUAUAUUGUAAGAGUCCGUGCAUAAAAAUAGUUUUUGUUAGCCUGCAGAGUUAUAGUAAGGCGUAGCAUUUUUGACGAUAAACAUAUAAACAACAUGGCUGCGGCCAUGGCGUUUUCACGUUUCAGGAAUACUUUUGUAUGUAAAUAUUUUCAGGUUCAUAUGGACCAAAUACAUACCGGAAGGCGACUGUUUCAGUUUAAAAAGUAUUGGAAGAAAGCAGGUCUAAUGGCUCAAACUCGCCAAAAACCACAUCCGGGACAGCAGAAUUCCGUCAAAGAACCCCAGCAAACAACUGCCUACUUUGAAGAUGAUAGAAGUGGCCCCCUGACAAGUAACAGAGGAAGGGCGUCUCACUUUAAUUAUUACAGAGACUUCAUCGAACAUAAUGCCAACAUUGCAUAUUCCAGUGUUCUAGUCAAGAUUGGUUCAAAGAACUCUUUAGACACUGUUUGGACGGCGUUAAGCAAGGAAAUGGAGCUGAAGGGCUACUCAGAAGUGCAACAUGAUGGUGAUAAAAAUACAAAAACGUAUCUAAUAGAGGUAAAGUCGCAAGUUCAGUUGAACAAGAUUGCACCCAAGGCUGAGAAGAGGAUUAUUGGUCUGCAGGGCAAUACAUUUCUACACCCUGGGGAAAGAAAAGACUCUGCGGACUCUCCCGAAGAAAGAACCAGUCUGCUUCAGCAACUGGGUCAAUGCAAAGAUGUGGAUUCCCAGCUGAAGUUGCUGUACCGCAUAGUGAGUCUUCCAGAAUCCAGCAUGCGAUACCACUUCUUUGCCUGCAAAGCUGUGGAAAGAUAUAUAAGAUCUAGUCCCGAUCUACGGCAGUCUAGGGUUGAGUGUUUUGGCUCUGCCCCCAGCGGUACAGCCUUAAGGCAUGUGGCUGAUUUGGAUCUCACCAUGUUUGUACCAGAUGUGAGGAAUGUCAAACAGUGUCUGAGAACAUUGCAUACCCACCUGAGAAAAACUCCCAUGUUCAACAAGGUGGAGAAUAUUUGGAACGCUCGCACCCCUAUUGUCCACAUGGAGUCACCUGUCUUCCAUCUCUCAAUCGACAUCUCUGUGAAUAACCUAAGCGGAUCACUAAUGAGCAAUGUUGUGUUCCUGCUUGGGCAGCUUCACCCCAGUUUCCUGGCGCUAGUGGUAUUCCUCAAGUACUGGGCCCGCGUGAACAGCCUUGCCCAGGGCGGCCAGCGCUGGCAGAGUCUCACCAGCUACAUGCUGUCUGUGCUCCUUAUAUCUCACCUGCAGCAGCUCAGGCAGCUGCCUCCACUGAAGGACCUCUAUGAGACACAAUUUGAGCCUGGAAGUCCUAUUGGUGAUUUAGCAGACCUGGAGAGGAUUAGAUUCAAGGCCAUACCCACAAGCCAUAAUGACCGAGAGGCCAUGUUCCAAGUGAGGCAAACUGAUUCCAGCAUGUCCGAAUUACUCUGCAGUUUCUUCAAAUAUUACGGCGAGUUCGACUUCCGGUCUCACCUGAUUGACGUUCACAAUGGCGUUGCGGUACGUCAGACGCAUUUCUUUGACAUCUACGUAUGCAAUCCGCACGAGGAACGCCACAACGUGUGUCGCAACGUGACACGUGACAGUCUGGAACGCUUCAAAGAACUGUGUAGGCUCAGUCACGAGACAUUGACAGAAAACAAACGCAGGAAAAUAGAAUCUUUUGAUAGUUUGAUUGAAGGAAACGGGUCCGUUUAUAAGGAUAGAGAUGGAGAAAAAACAAAAGCUGUACAGUUAAAUUCGUCUAGUUUAGGUAAUAGUUCCAGAAAACCUCUUAUGUCCGAAAAAAUCACUGAAAUUAACGUUAAAGCACGCAGUGAUCAAUCGUUUGAUAAACAGGAGAUAGAUGAACAUAAUUGGGGAAUACAGACUUUGUUACCGCUUUUUCACAUGGACGUUAGGCGUCCAGUUAAGCGUCCAGUUGAAAGUCCAGUUGAUUACGGUAACAUUAUCGAAGACCUGUUUGAGACAACAGUCAUUAAAACUGAUGACCCAGAUAUUCAAAUAGCUGUUAAUGAAGAAAUGCAUGAAGGCAGAUUGAAUAGCCUGCUGGGUUUGGAAGAUCUGAAACUGGCUGCUAAUGAUGGUAAGGACUGGACGGAUGAUGUGGCUCGUGAUAACGAUGGACUUUUAAAGAAUAAGGGUGAUAAUAAAGCAGAGGAUGAACAAUCAUCUGAGAGAGAGAUUUCCAUAACUGAAUUUCGUUCAGAAAGUGGUGGGCAACGGUCAGGGAAGUUAGACCUAAAUCGAAAAAGUAAAAGAAAAAGGAAAAAGACGUAGAGAAAUAAUUUGCAAGUUAUAUGAUAGUGAGGCAGUUUUAUGAGAGUGUUUGUUAGUGACUUUUUAUUCAGACAUAGCAAUAAAAAGAGUUUUUCAAUUAAUAUUGAUAAGCUA